AUGCCCACUUGCGCUGUACCGACAGAAGCUGAUUUGGACAUGGUGGUGCUGCGCUUGCUAUCUGUCAAUUGCCCCAAGGCCCGGUUGCCAGCGUUUGUUUUCAUCGUCAUCCUGACUUUCUUCAACAGCAACAUGCCCAUGGUCACAACGCCCUUCCGGGUGGUCGAACUAUUUGCUGGUGAUGGCAAGCUCGGCAAAACUGCCCACUAUGCUCACAUGAGCACAGCCCAGCUGGACAUUUGCAUGGGGCGCAACUCUUGGAGGAGAACCCGAAAAGCUUUCGACCUGCUCACCCCGGAAGGCAUUGCGUCCACUGAUUGCAUGUGGCUGGCAGUGUGGACAUUGAUGAAUGCUGACCCGGGACACUUCAUGUGCUGGAUUGCACUUGUGUGCUCCAGCUUCUCCGCUGUGAACGUCCACACAAGCAGACGCACUCCAACUACACCAUGGGGCGAUGUGAGCAAAGCCUACGUUCGGGCUGGCAAUGCCCUGGCCAGCAUCUCCAUUCUUUUGGCGACGCUGCGCUCUGCCCUAGGAGGUUGCUUUGCCAUAGAACAACCUCGCAGCUCGAGGCUUGUGACAUAUCCUCGCUGGGAGCGCUUCCUGCAUCUUUUCGAUGCGCGGCUUUGGUGGGUGGCUUGGUGGGCUCGGCAUUAUGGCGCCCUCACUCCGAAGCGCCAUAUUUGCUGGAGCAACACUUCACAGAUCGGACGCCUCGACAGAGGAAAGCUCAGCAAGGCAAUGCGAGAAUCUUGCAUUGUCAAGACCACGAAGAAGGUGAACAAGAACGGAAAGAUUACUUUCAGUGGCAACAAAUUUCUGAAGCAAACCCAGCCAGACCCCAUUGCAUUUGGACUUCGCGUUGUGCGGUGCUUGCCCCACUUUCUUCGGUGCGUUGCCGCUCCUCCACAACCGAAGGUCGAGAUGGAGGUCCCGCAGCUGUUUGCGCUGACAGAUGUGGCCGACACUUGGCCCGAAGCCGGUCUGCUGGAUGCCUGCAUGUAUUUGAGGGGGUCAAAGCACCUGUUGGAAAACUUGCUUUCCAACUGA